AUGCCCAGGGCGCUGUACACAUGGCCCUUACAGCUGGGAAUGGGUGCAGGAGGCAAAAGCCUCAAAUCAAGAUGGAACGCAGUCACCAAGCCAAAAAAAAAUCCAAUGAAACAUCACAAUGGCUGUACUGGCGGAGGAGCCAUUCUCUUCCGUCAAAUCGAUAAUCUGGCCGCCAUCGCUCGUCAGGUCAACGACCGGGAUAUCCUCAUCGUCAUCAUCCAGUACAAUGACGCUCUCUUGUCCCUGUUGGCCGUCCCGGACGGAGCAGUGGGAGGCACGGUCACGCCACUUGCAAUUACCCGGCCGUGCAUCUUUUUCAUAUGGCCGGAUUCCCAUUUCAACGCAUCCGCGGCGUCAAUUCUGCAUGUGCAUUUAACCACUAGAUAUGCAUUAGACCUUAUCCGCCGUCCAGAUAAGUUUGUUCAUCGCUCGUUUAGUUAG